AUGAAGCAGAGGGAGAGGCAGGGGAAGUACGGCAGCAGCAGCAGCAGCAGCAGCAGGGCCUGGUCAGUUAGACAGCAAGGAGGCAGCGCAGAGAAGUGGACGCCUUCAGGUCACUUGCUCUUCUUCCUAGAUGUUGAGGAUGGCCUUGGAGAUGUCGUCCGUGGCAUGCCAGCAGAGACCAAUAUCAAGGAGCCAUCACCGGCCACAGCUCAGAAAGACAUGAUGGACACCUACCUCGGGAAUCAGUACCAGCAGGCUGUAGGAGCCUAA